CUACACUUUAUGGCAAUGUCGACUGCUAUGCUUUAGGGACCUCAUGUAGUUUUGUGUCAUUUUACAGUCUUAGAAUUUCAAAAAAACACUGCAGUGUGGGAUGUGAAUGAGAAUUAUUCAACGACAAAGAACUACAGAAAGGAGCCUGGGAAUCGGGAGGCGCAUAGUGUUUUCUGUCAAGUGGAAGCACAUUUUUGCCGGCUCUUAUGGGAAUUAAGCACUCGUCCCGCUGCAUGCUCCUCAGGAGAAAAAUGGCGGAAUCCGAGAGCAUGGAGCAACCACAGCCGCAGCCACAGCCACAGCCAAUCCGCAUAAUUCCAUCCCAGUCGGCACAGCCCACCUCGUUGCCCAAGCCUGUACCUUCCAUCCAGCAUGCCACACGGCCUCCUCUACCGCCACACACACCCCAUGCUGCCAGCCUCCCAAGCUGUCCUGGCCGGGGCAAGAUGUCCAAGUUCCUCAACCCCGAAGAGAUGACCUCACGAGACUACUAUUUUGACUCUUAUGCCCACUUUGGUAUCCAUGAGGAGAUGCUGAAGGACGAAGUGAGGACGCUGACCUACAGGAACUCCAUGUACCACAAUAAGCACGUGUUCAAGGACAAAAUAGUGUUGGAUGUUGGAAGCGGGACUGGGAUCUUGUCCAUGUUCGCAGCCAAAGCAGGGGCAAAGCACGUGUACGGGAUUGAAUGUUCCAGUAUAUCAGAGUACUCAGAGAGGAUCAUCAAGUCCAACCACCUCGACAGUGUGAUCACCAUCUUCAAAGGUAAAGUGGAGGAGGUGGAGCUUCCUGUAGAGAAGGUCGACAUCAUCAUAUCGGAGUGGAUGGGUUACUGCCUCUUCUAUGAAUCCAUGCUCAACACUGUCAUCUUUGCCAGGGACAAGUGGCUGAAACCCGGUGGAUUAAUGUUUCCUGACCGUGCCUCUCUGUAUGUGGUGGCCAUAGAGGACAGACAGUAUAAAGACUUCAAAAUACAUUGGUGGGAGAACGUGUAUGGCUUUGACAUGACCUGUAUCCGCAAUGUGGCCAUGAAGGAACCACUGGUGGAUGUAGUGGACUCCAAACAGGUGGUGACCAACUCCUGCCUAGUCAAGGAGGUGGACAUCUACACAGUAAAGACUGAGGACCUCUCAUUCACCUCAUCGUUCUGCCUGCAGAUCCAGAGGAAUGAUUACAUCCAUGCACUGGUCACCUACUUCAACAUUGAGUUCACUAAGUGUCACAAGAAGACAGGUUUCUCCACCGCUCCUGAUGCUCCAUACACCCACUGGAAGCAGACAGUGUUUUACCUAGAGGAUUAUUUGACUGUGCGAAGAGGAGAAGAGAUCACUGGCAGCAUUGCUAUGAAGCCCAAUGAGAAAAACAUUCGUGACUUGGACUUUACCUUCGAGCUGGAUUUCAAAGGACAGUUAUGUGAAGCAGCAAUAUCCCACGACUACAAGAUGCGUUAAGUAUAACUGGGGACCCUAGUGCCUCACCGAGUACAACACCUGAGCACCAGAGGGAGACAGAGACUUCCCUUGAUCCACAGACACACAGCGUAACACAAGUGGGCCAAAGAGUGAGAGGGAAGACCAGGGUAGAAACCAGGCAGAGAUGGCCCCAUUGACAAUAUCGCUAUUGUCAGCGCAGUUUCUCAUGAAGACAGGAAGGUAUUGAUGCUGACUGUUAAACAACUCUGAAUGUAACACUGACAAAAUGAGGUCAGGAAUAUUUUCUAGUCUUGAUGAGUGUUAUUGAUUAUUGAUGUGCGUAUAUGUGAGAUGGAGUGAUGUACUUGUGAGUUUUGUUCAGUAUUUGUUUUCCACCAUAAACUUGGACCUCAUGAAGGGAUAGAUGGCAUUUUUAAAAUACAGUAGAGCUCAUGAAUGAAGUACUGUAUUUUCCACAUUCUGUCAAAGCUGUAGGUAGAAAAUAAGUUUAAGAUUUAUGUCAUUAUGUACUGUAGGGAAUGGUCAUCAGAGAAAACAAGUCAACAAGUAAGUUUAUAGCUGUAUCAAUUUAGUAUCAGUCAGCAAUGUUAGAAAACUAACAGCAAUGGAACACCUCAGCCAAGGAAAAACCUGUGUAGGUGCGUAUAGUAUAUGUGUAAUGUGAAAGGUAAAGUGUGUUUGCAUAGUCAGUGUACUAGUAGCUUGUAUAAUAGAAGGUGUCGAAGCUCAUACUGUUGCACAGUUUGGACUCCAGAUGUGCCCCGUGUUGUCAGUUUGAGGUGACGUUGACAUGCCAAUAACAUACCUUCCUCCAUCCUAAAUGCCUUGACAAGUGCCGAAGUGUACCUGGUUCUUUUCCGCACUGCUGCAUUUAGCUUUUGUCUAUAAUUUCAUAUAUAGACACUAACCACUCUCCUUUUACCUUGUAUUGAUUUAAGAUUUGAUGUUCUUUAAAUAUCUGGAUAUGAUCCACAUCAACCAAUCGAACCCAUAAUAUCCUAUAAAUUCCUUUGUAAGCAGGUCUGAAAUCUGUGGUUUUUCAGAAGGGAUGCUUGUAAGCUUUAGCUAGCCUGCUAUGAUCUCAGAUUACAAUGAAGUAUUCUUAGGAGAUAAAACCUGAAGACUUGUGCUAAUAUCUUGGCUUGAACCUAAUAAGUUUGAGAAUCAUGCUUCUAGUAGCAUUUACCAUCACAUGAUGUGAUACUGGAGUUUAUGAAUUUGUUCCAGUCUACUGCAUUGGACACAGUUGGGACACACUGUAGUGUAUUGAAAGCUGAUGAAAAUGAUCUUCCCACUUCACUGGUGCUCUGAGGUCAUUGCCAAGGUACCCACUGAAGGGUUGUCUUUAGUCAAGAUGUGGAUCUGGAUUAUCUGAAGAGGUUUUAAAUAUUUUUAAAAGCUCAUAUUAAUGUACCUACUUGCCUCAAACAUCAACUAAGGAAAACAAUAUAAAAUACAAUUAGUUUUAUCUUUGAAAGAAUUUAGUAAUUGUGUGUUAAAUGAUAUCAUAUCUAGAGACAAGAACCAGCCUCGAUUCCUGUGUCUUCUAUGCUGUGCAAGAGGGCCUAAUUAAUCUUUUCAGGGCUGUAACCAAAAUACAGAGUAUGAGCACCUUGAAGCAAUUGAAGAAACUAGAUAAUUUAUAAAGCAUGCAAUUAAUGCUAGUAACAAUCAACAAAAAGUUCAGUCUCAAACUGAAUGCUGCCUUCUGAGAGCACACAGUCUGACAAUUUCUUUGAUCCUGGUAUCUGACAGGACGCUGACUGGUACAAAUAAGCAAUACAUUCUUAUGAGUCAUUACUUAAUGCUUAUAAUCAAUUAUACACAAUGAACCAUAUAUUUAUCUAGAGUAAUACUUGUAUUGAAAGAGCACCUUCUUAAUCUGUCCACAGUAACACACCUAUGGAAAAAGUAAUGUGAUGAAGAUUUGGCUGCUCAAAUUAAACCAAAACCUUGCUGGCCAUAUCGGUUCUUAGCUAUGAAAAUUCUUAUAAAUUGGCAUGUUAAUUCACAUGUAUUACUAAAAAAUUGAAUGUUGUUUUACAUAUUGUCAUGUCAACUUAAAAAAUUGAAUAAACAGCAAUGUGCAAACUCAUCCACCAGGUGAUGCUGUAUAACUUCUUUACAAUUUCAUAG